ACCGCACCCCCGUCGCCAUGACGGCGGCGGGCGGAGGGGGCAGUUACGCGGCAGUAAAACGGUACAGCUAAAAGCUGAAGCUGUAACACACCCAUGAAUGAGCAGCACUAGUUGUGUGCAUCCAUGGCCUCUGUGCCAGUAAUUCCAGACUCUUACAACCAUGUCCUGGCAGAGUUGGAGUGUUUGGAUCCGUUGCUUUCUGCGCUCAGGUUGGAUUCCAGUCGUCUUAAGUGCACGUGUAUAGAUGUGUCAAAGAGAUGGCUGGCUCUAGGCAGCUCAGGAGGAGGACUGAACCUUAUCCAGAAGGAUGGUUGGAAGCAAAGACUUUUUCUCACUCACAAGGAAGGUGCCAUUUCCCAGGUGGCCUGUUGUUUGCAUGAUGAAGACUACGUUGCUGUUGCAACCAGCCAAGGCCUUGUAGUAGUCUGGGAGCUGAAUCAGGAGCGUCGUGGGAAGCCAGAACGGAUUUAUGUUUCCUCUGAGCAUAAGGGCAGAAAAGUCACAGCUUUGUGCUGGGAUACAGCUGCCCUUCGAGUUUUUGUAGGAGAUCAUGUGGGAAAAGUAUCAGCCAUCAAGAUUAACACAUCAAAACAAGGGAAGGCUGCUGCUACUUUUGUGAUGUUUCCUGUCCAGAUUAUAACCACUGUAGAUUCUCGGGUGGUUCAACUUGAUUAUUUGGAUGGAAGACUGCUCAUAUCUUCACUUACCCGCACUUACUUAUGUGAUACUGAGAGAGAGAAGUUCUGGAAGAUUGGCAAUAAAGAGAGAGAUGGAGAAUUUGGAGCAUGUUUCUUUCCUGUUGGAAAAAACAGUGGGAAUCAACAGCCAUUAAUAUACUGUGCUCGACCUGGCUCGAGGAUGUGGGAGGUGAACUUUGAUGGGGAAGUGCAAAGCACACAUCAGUUCAAGCAGCUGCUCUCAUCACCACCUCUUCCUGUUAUUACUCUCAGGCAGGAUCCUCAUUAUACUGGUUCCAGCUGCUCUCCACAAUCUUUAUCUUUCCCCAAGCUGCUGUAUUUGACUGAGCACUGCGUGGUGACCUGGACAGAAAGAGGCAUUUAUAUUUUUCUUCCCCAAAGUCUUCAAGUCUUGCUCUGGAGUGAAGUUAAAGAUAUUCAGGAUAUUGCAGUUCACAAGAGCGAGUUGUUCUGUCUGCAUACAAAUGGGAAAGUUGUGCACCUCUCCCUUCUGUUGGUUGAUCGCUGCAUAGAGCGUCUGAUGAGAAGAGGAUUCUGGACCCUCGCUGCCAGGGUCUCUUGUCUCUUCCAAAAUUCAAUUGUUUCUUGCAGAGCAAGAAAAAAUUUGCCUCUAGACAAGCUGGAGCACUUGAAGUCUCAGCUGGAUGCUUCAACUCAGCAAGAUCUCACUGCACAACUGGAAGAAUUGAUUGCAAAGCUGGAACCUCUAGAUUCUGCUUGCAGCAGUAGAAGGAGCAGUAUUUCAUCUCAUGAAAGCUUCAGUGUCCUAGACUCUGGAAUCUACCGUGUUAUCAGUCGAAGGGGCAGUCAGUCAGAUGAAGACUCAUGUUCCCUCCACAGUCAAACAUUCUCCGAAGAUGAGAGACUUAAAGAAUUUCCUGCACACCAUGAAGAUGAACAACUAGAACUUGAGAACGUUUCUCAUGCAUCUGUGGUGGUUGAGGCUGACCGGAAUGAGACAUUUCUCCCAUUCAGUAUUCCUUUGUCAUUCCGUUCCCCAUCUCCUCUCGUCUCUCUGCAAGCUGUCAAAGAAAGUGUUUCCAGCUUCGUACGCAAAACCACGGAAAAGAUUGGCACACUUCAUAUAAGUCCUGAAUCUAGAGGGAAGCAUGAAGCAAAGGAUGAUGAGCAGCUUCCAGAGCUAACUCUUAAUCCAGUAGGAUCUCUCCAGGAAGAAAAAGAGUCAGAACCCCAGAACUGCCGGCUUCCUGAGGAGGACCGUCUGAGAGAUCUCAAGGCUGCAACAGCAGAAACUAUGGCCAAGCUCCAGGAUCCCCUGGUUUUGUUAGAACCUCAAUGUAUGAGAAGAGUCUUACAGGAAUGGCUUGUCUAUCUAGAAGAAAAAUUCAGCAAGGAGCAUUCUGCUUUGUCUGUUAACAAAAGCAAGGCUGUGAGUGCUGAAGAUCAGAGGGCAGUCCUGGAGGAGACCCUGCAAGUGGCUUCAGCUGACAGAGACCCAGCAGACAAGGAACAGAGUGGUAUUUUGGAAGACUGCAUUGAAAAGGAAAAUACUGAUGAAACCUGUGUGAGCAAAACCAUGUGUGAAAAUGGCACUGAUGUGACAGGGCCUCUGGGCUGUGGCUUUCGGGUGUCUUCUCCGUGUGUCAUGGAACCUGAUGUUCUGAAAGAUCUCGUGGAGCUGACCACCCUGUGCUUUGAGCUGCGUGUCUUUUCUGGUGGGAGUGCUGAGGCUGAGGAGAGCUCUGAGGGAAGUCUGCCACCAGCAGCCUCAGGGACCUUGGCUUGUAGGUUUAUGCGAAGCUACUUCUUCCUUUUGGAUUUAAAGAGAGUAAAACAGUGUAUUAUAACCACAUGUGCCACCAGCCCUAAUGUAUGGGAGACGUACAUUGCAGGAUUGAAAGAAAUAACUUCUCACAGUCCAGUGGCUUUAGCAAUGGAAAGUGAGGAUAUGUUGAAAAUACUGAAGCUACUGCAUGACCUGGGGCCAUGGGAUGACAGCCCACUGUUGCUGGCACAUGCUCAAAGGCUUUAUGAAAAAUUUGGGGAAACAGCUCUUCGGCCCUUGAUCAAGUUUUACCCCUCUGUUUUGCCUUCUGAUAUUAAACAGCUUUGCAGAAAUGAUCCAGCUCACUUUUUAGCAUAUUUAGAUAGUCUGGUGAAAUCUAAGCCAGAGGAUAAAAGGCCAUUUCUCCUUAGGUCUCUUCUGCAGCCAGAAUCUGUACGGUUGGAUUUGUUGUGCUUGGCAGUUUCUCAUGAUGCUCCACAAAGGGCAAAUACUGUGGAUGAGGAAGGAAAUCCCAGGCCAAGAUCACAUUUGUUUACUUGGGGCUACAGCCAGCUCAUUCUGCUCUUGAUUAAACUCCCAGCUGAUUUUAUUAUGAAAGAGAAGAUGGCUGACAUCUGUAAAUCACAUGGAUUUUGGCCUGGAUAUCUUUUUCUCUGUCUGGAGCUGCAUAGAAGAAUAGAAGCCUUUACUAAUAUUGUUCAUUUGGAUGAUUUGAGCCUGUUGAAUGAAGAAGAUGGUUCCAUUCCAGAGACCAUAGAAGAAUGGAAGUUUGUUCUGCAUCUUGCACAGAAUCACAGCACAGCUUUCCACCAGCACAGCCCACAGAAUGGGAAUGCUGUCAGCAAUGGAGGCCCGAGCUGCCCAGACUGCAUCACUGUAGAAAACGUCGCUCUGUUGCUGGCCAAGGCCAUCGGCCCAAAUCGUGCCUUGCCUCUCUUGCAGGAGUGUGGCUUGACUCUAGAAUUGUCUGAGAGAUUUACUGGUGUUUGUGAGAUACUGAGAAUAGCUGAGAAAAGGCAGAGAGUGCUGAUUCAGUCCAUGUUGGAAAGGUGUGACCGGUUUUUGUGGUCUCAGCAAGCAUAGAAAACAACUUGGGAGAACUCUGGGAACAUUUUAUACUGUAAUGACUGUAUAUUCAAGUGCCUCUUAAAUUUCACAGGCCCUUAAAAAUAACAAACUCCAGUCUAAAAGUUCAGGUAUACUGAGCCAGUCUCCAUCUGGCAGGUAUCUGACCUGGAAGUGGUGGCGGUUCUACUUACUCCUUUGGAGAUUACUUUUGAACUGUAGAAUAUAGAUCAAAAAAAGACAGUAUUUAUCUUGAAAUUAAGCUCACAGAUUUCCAAGAUGAAAAUUGCUGAAUUUAUUUUCUGAGUUUAUAACUUAAGUGUCCGGGGAUAUGAGCCCCUAAGUAUUAAAUUAUGGUGUAUAAA